GUUCGCUCUGCUCACGACCGUUCGCUGCGCUCACUUAGGUGGGUGGAAUGCCCAAUAAUAUAAGAUCAACAUCGUAAUGUGUAUAUAAGCAAGAUGAAAUAAAUAUGAAACACGUUUAUGAUGAACACGUUAACACAGAUAUGUCCUGGAAUGAGUUCCGUGAAAUGUGUUCUAAAAUAUGGAGUGAACCAUAUAGUUAUUUGGUGAUCAAUAAAGAUUGUCAGAAAAAUGAAGGAUGUUAUAGAAAUAAAUUUGACAGUUUCGUAUUUUUUAAUUGAUCAUAUCAUUUUUCUGAUAUAUAAUGCGAUGUUACUUGGUAAAUCGCGUUAUUUUGCCUAAAGAUUUAGCAGAAGCACAAACUUAUUUUAAUAAUGGAAGCUUGUUUAAAACGCCAAAUAGUCAAUGCAGCAGAAGCUGUUAAAAAAAAGGUUAAGAAGUUGCGAAACAUUGAAACCGAAAAUGAAGAAGCUUUGAAAUCUGUAUUCAGACCUAUAAUAAAUCCAUUAAAUAAAAUUGCCAAUAAACGCUCCCAUAAAUUGACAGAAAAUGGGAUUCGCAAAACAGAAAAGCCGAAUUAUGAAGAUACUAUCACGCAACCGUAUACUGCAAGCUGUGAAAACGUUAAUGAAGAUGACUAUGAAAACAAUAAUAGUGCCAGUGAUAAGGACUACAAUGAAAGAAGUAAUGAUAGUGAUAAUCAUAGUAUUGAUCUAGAAAAUAGUAGCGACUCGUUCAAAACAGUUGAAUGGAACGAUGAUACAGAAGACAAUUUGUCUUCAUGGUCAUUAACGCCUGAAGAUUUUACAAAUGUUCCAUAUGGUGUGAGGAAUGAACGAGGAAAAUUGAUGCUUGGUACAAUUCCAAUCACUAUAGGAGACAAGACCAUUAAAAUAGAUGGAAACCGAUAUACUACUACUCCAGGAUUAAUUGAACUAUUAUAUAAAAAAAAUCCAGAUUUGUCUUCGGUUACAGAAGACGAUAAAAAAAUAUAUAAGUCACUGCUUUUGAUUUCCAAUGCUCACAGGCGCGAUUACGAUCCUAAAAAACCGAUAAACGGCAAUAAAGAUCAGAAGUUGCAAAACCUUGAUACACCUAAGUUAAAUAAAUCUACUCAACAUGAUAAAACAACAAAUAGUGAAUGA